AGGCAACAGUUGGGGAUGGAGCUGCCCGGGGUGAAGCAUUUCCUGUCCAAGACCAGUCUGGUCAGCUUGGGGUCCUAUUGUGCUGUGGCGAAUAUGAUCCAGAAGUUGGGUCUCCGCGAGGCGGCAGGGCCCUUCGAUUGGAUCCGCUCCAAUGGGCAGGGUGUGACGCAUUUGCUGCGGAACGGCUUCCAGGACUUCCUGGAUUGGGAAGAACGAGUUCAUGAUGUGGCCGGUCUGCAGGUCUUUCCAACCACCUGGGGUGGCUCUUUUUGGCACCAUGACAUUAGCGACCCUCAGGUGCGACAGACCUUCGACCGGCGGAAGCAGCGAUUUCUGCAGAUGCGGAAUGAAAACCUUCUCUUUAUCCGAGUGGUCAAUGGCACACAAGAAGUGGCACAGAUUCCAGAUUUGUAUUCAGCACUUCACGGGCGUUUUGCAGCAGUUGGCCGUGUUCUCCUGUUGGUUUUGAUUGACAUGCAGGACAGCGAACGUGAAGUUCGGACACAGGACCUUGGAAGCAACGUCAUUUUCGCCUGCGUCCACCAUGGUGCCUGGGAAGCGCCCGUCGGGGGCUGUCUGCCGGAGGAACAGGCCCGUGAGCGCUUACACCUGGCCAGCGACGCCUAUGCAACCGCGCUCAGUCGGGCGCUUUACCUCUGGUGCGGCUACGUCUCAGUGAGCCCGAUGGCCUACCCAACAGUUGCGUCCUUGUCUCAGCAGCUGGUGCCGUGGAGCUGCCCAGAUGCCAAGUACGACUCCUAUCAGCCGUACCGAAGUAUGCCGACAACGGCCGUGGCGGCUACGUUGCAGGCAACACUGCCAAGCAUUGCUCCUACGAUUCCAGCCCUCCAAGCAGUGAAUUUGCGACCAUUGCAUCCCUCGCGAAUUACUCAAGUCGUUCGAUAACGUUGGACAGGCAAAUCAUUGUUAGAUCGUCUUUCAGUGGGUGUGGGUCAGAAUUUGAAAC